AGGCAAGUCUUCUGUUGACAUGAAACUCUGAAGACCGAAGCUGAGUAGUUGGUAGUUGUACAGUACAGGUAUAAGUUGGAAACGGCUCUUGUUUGGAAGAUACUUUCAUACACCAUAGCUCAACCUUCAAGAAACUGAAUUUCACCUCUAAACGUCUUUUCAGAUCUUCGCACUGCCAGUCAGUCAUGGUGGACCAGACACCAUUCGAACAGAAGAACCGGGAACGGAUCCAGGCAGUGGAAAAUUCCUUUGGGCCCUCUGGGAAGUCGCUGAUGGAGCCGGGUCGUGUGUUGGUGGGAGAGGGACGACUCCUGAAGCUGUGCCGUCGUCGGCCGCAACAGAAGGUCUUCUAUCUGUUCAAUGACAUCCUGAUCUAUGGGAGUAUAAUUCUUCAUGGAAGAUGGCACAAGAGGCAGCAGGUCAUCCAACUGGAGGAGGUCGAACAGGAGGACCUGGAGGACGGGCUGGGCAUGGCCAACCAGUGGCUGCUCCGCACGCCUCGCAAGUCCUUCUCCGUGGCUGCUGCCUCGCUCGAGGAAAAGCAAGCCUGGAUGGAACACAUCGAGGAGUGUCGUUUGCAACAGAUUGAACGCCUCGGCCUCAAGUCCGAAAAGAGGGGGAGUUUCGCCGCUUCCUGGAUUCCCGACCGUGCGUCCGCCAUCUGCAUGCGCUGCUCGAAUCGCUUCGGGGUCACGCAGAGACGCCACCACUGCCGCCGCUGCGGCUUCAUCGUCUGCAACACCUGCUCAAAGGGACGGGCCGUGCUGGAGAACAUCUCCAGGAAGCCGGUGCGCGUCUGCCAGCAGUGCAUGGCCACCAUGCAGGGGGAGCAGCAGCAGGGUCAGACCCAGGGGGACUCGUGGAACAGCAGAAACUGGCAUAAGGGCUCCGUGGAGGACAAGCAACACACGCUUCCUGACGACGAUGUCUCCAGCGGAGAGGAGUGCGAGGAGCCAGCUGAGAGCCAUGCGCCCACUCAAUGGGUCAGCAUGCAAGAUGGCUCCUGCUCACCUUACUGUUAUUUUAACCCAGAUCAUCUAACACCUCCUGGACUGACAGCCUGAAGCCAUUAAGAACAGCAAACUGGUGGAGCACGACAAAGACUGAAUUUUUAAGAAAUAGGCAAGGCACACUCACACUAAUUUCCUGAUAUAUUCAACUGAAGUAGGUUUAUCCUGAUAUUGUUUUAAGCAAAUUAUAUUAGGUGUUUUACUGACAUAUGCGUAGGCCUACUACUGUUGUGUACUUUUUUCUGGACAGGCACAUGAAAAAAAUACACUUGCACUU